UGGUUUACUCGGAUAUAUCCCUUCAGUCUUGGUGCUAAGCUCUCUCCCUUUUCUUACAAUCACGCAGGCUCCAAAUCGGUGCUGUUUUUUUGCUUCCUUUCCACUGUUUUUCUUUUUCAGUUAUGUGCAAUUGUGUAUUUAUUUUCUUACGUGUUAACGUUUGAUGUACUUGGGGUUAAAGAAAAGCUAUUGCGCGGAUGAGGACAUUGAGGAUAAGGAUGGACCACAAAGAGAGCCCAAAGAGGAAGAAAAGGUGCAGGACGAGCUAAUCGAAUCGAGCAUUGAGAUUGAGGGCGAGACUGUUGAGCCUCAUAAUGAUCCUCCUCAGAUGAUGGGUGACCCAAAGCCAUGGAGGCCAUCUCUGAAGGAAUUAGAAUGAAUGUGUGGGAAGCCAUUGUCCACUUAUUAGAGGCUAUUUCCAUCAAUACAACUUCAGCAACCAUGUAUGCAACCAGAGGUAAAUGUUGAUUAGUGGUUUAAAAGUUGUAGUUUACUUGCUUGGGAUUGGUGUGUGACAUAAGAGGGGUGAGAGAGAGAGGGAACAGUCUGGCUUAAGUUAUAUGUGUAAAUCCUGUGGAUUACAGCAAUAAUUAAUAAUGUUAUUUUGUCGAUUUUUUAUGAAGACAAUAAAUAAAGAAAAAAGGGAACAGCAUGAUAGUAAAAAUAAACAUCAAGCUCGCCUAUAAUUAACACAUCAAAUUGAGGAUCAAGGUGGUGAAAUUGUUUCUCUCUCUCUCUCUCUCUCUCUCUCUCUCUCUAUAUAUAUAUAUAUAUAUAUAUAUAUAUAUAUCAUGAUUUUGAAUUAUAUAUUCGAUUAUUGGAUUAUUAAUUUUUAAAGCUGGACAAUUUGUAUUACUGCAAUGCUUAUUGGCCAAAGUGAGUUGCAGAUAAUGAAUUGUAACAUGCUGGACUAAGAGGAUGUUGUUGCCUAUCGACAAAGAACCAAUAACAAUGAUGGAGGAACCUCCUGUGGAUGCUGGUGUGAACUCAAAUUAACUUUGGUAUUUGUUCUUAUCAGACUCCAUUAUGUUUAAGGGUUUUGAAGCAGCUGUUGCAGCUGGAGUGAAGAAAGUUUCCAUCUUUGCCUCAGCUUCAGAAUCUUUUUCAAAGUCCAAUAUCAAUUGUAGCAUUGAAGAUAGUCAGCAUAUGGUGACUAUCAACCCUCUACGUGCCCUCAAUCCUUUUACAGAUCCAUUCAUCCAUCUAUCCUGGGGAAGUGCAGGAAGUAGGUACAAAUCAUUCAAGGUUUUUGAAGUAGCUGUUGCAGCUGAGCGAAGGAAGUUUCUAUCUUUGCAUCAGCUUCAGAAUCUUUUUCAAAGUCAAAAAUCAAUUUUAGCAUUGAAGAUAGUCAGGAUCGUUUGGGGAUUUUAUUAUGAGUGUUUUCCUCCUUAAAUUUGGAUGAGUUUUGUUUUGAACUUCGUGUUGUUCUUGGAAUCUCGAUGUCUAUUCUUUGUUUAUCAUAUUAAUGUUUUACAUAAUAAAUUACAAUUCUAUUUUAA